CCCAGCGCGCAGGGCAAACGUCAUGUGUUUUUCUAUGCCCCGGAACAGCCUGAGUCGUCCGCCGAGAGCGUGGCCCAAGAGAGACCGCCCCUUUCCUCUCCUUCCUUGGCCUUUAGGCCGUGUAGAACAAGCUGGGCACGUGUGCUGGGAAGGCUGGUUACCAGUGGGCAAGCCUCCAUACGCCUUGUUGCCACAGCUGCCUGUCCCUCUUUUCUCUGUAAGCAGAUGGGCGGUGGUGUUUAAUUUUCCACCUUUGCCCAAGAGGGGACGUUGAAGCUGCUACUGAAGCACUCUGUUCGAAAAUAAACUAUCUGUCACCAAAGCAUAUGCUUUAAAAAUGGAAGCUGUAGAAAUGGAGAAUGUAUCCUUUAAGCGUCCUCAUUCUGAGGACAAUGAGACUAAUACGGAUGAGAUUAAAAGGCAAAAGGUCUUGGAAGAACCACUGAAAGGAAGAGAGAACACGGUCCAUAAGGCUGAUGCAGAGCAACCCAUGAAACCUUUACUGGAGGACACAAAAGCUGAAAUAGUACUGAAAGAGGAAAGUGCAGGCGGAGAUGAGGAAGAACUGGAAGAAAGUGAUGGAGAAGGAGACCUAGAGAGCUUUGCAGAUAUGAUGAAGCACGGGCUGACAGAGCUAGAUGUUGGCAUAACUAAAUUUGUUAGUUCUCACAAGGGCUUUUCUGGAAUAUUAAAAGAGAGAUAUUCCGACUUUGUUGUUCAUGAAAUAGGAAAAGAUGGACACACCAUCCAUUUGGAUGACUUCUCUGUGCCAGUAGAUGAUGGGGAUCCUUCUGAGAAGAUCUUCACAGUGUUGUCAGCUGAAGACAAGCAGCAGUUAGAAGAACUACAGCUUUUUAAAAACAAAGAAGGCAGUGUUGCCAUUGAGGUAAUUGAAAACACUAAGGAAAAAAGGACCAUUAUACACCAGGCUGUAAAAUCUUUGUUUCCAGGACUAGAGACUAAAACAGAGGAUCGGGAUGGGAAAAAAUACAUAGUUGCUUACCACGUAGCUGGGAAAAAGGCACUUGCAAAUGCAAGAAAACAUUCUUGGCCAAAAUCUAGAGGAAGUUACUGCCACUUUGUGUUAUACAAAGAAAACAAAGAUACUAUGGAUGCAAUCAAUGUGCUAUCAAAAUUUUUAAGAGUUAAGCCAAACAUAUUUUCCUACAUGGGGACAAAAGACAAAAGGGCUAUUACAGUUCAGAAGAUUGCUGUUCUUAGAAUCACUGCACAAAGGUUGGCUCACUUAAAUAAAUGUCUGAUGAAUUUCAAGCUUGGAAACUUUAGUUACAAGAACCAUCCAUUGAAGUUGGGAGAACUGCAAGGAAAUCAUUUCACAGUGGUUCUCAGAAAUAUAACAGGGACUGAAGAUCAAGUUCAGCAAGCCAUGCAGUCUCUCAGCGAAAUUGGGUUCAUUAACUACUAUGGAAUGCAAAGAUUUGGAACCACUGCUGUCCCUACGUAUCAAGUUGGAAGAGCUAUUCUACAGAAUAAUUGGAAUGAAGUAAUGGAUUUAAUACUAAAACCACGUCCUGGAGCUGAAAAGGGAUACUUGGUAAAAUGCCGAGAAGAGUGGGCAAAAACGAAAGAUCCCACUGCAGCCCUGAAAAAACUUCCUGUGAAAAGGUGUGUGGAAGGACAGUUGCUUCGGGGACUUUCAAAGUACGGACUGAAGAACAUAGUCUCUGCAUUUGGCAUGAUCCCAAGAAAUAAUCGUUUGAUGUAUAUUCAUAGCUAUCAGAGUUAUGUGUGGAAUAACAUGGUGAGCCGCAGAAUAGAUGAAUACGGGCUUAGAGCUGUACCAGGAGAUCUUGUCCUAAAAGGAGGUACAGCUGUUUAUAUUGAUGAAACAGAGGCUGACAAUUACACUAUCCAUGAUGUUGUGAUGCCACUGCCUGGCUUUGAUAUUAUCUAUCCAAAACAUAAAAUUGGGGAAGUCUACAAGGACAUAUUAGUUGCUGACAAUCUCGACAUCAAUAACAUGAAACAUAAAAUUCGAGACUAUUCCUUAUCUGGAGCAUACAGAAAGAUUAUCAUCCGACCUCAGAAUGUGAGCUGGGAGCUAGUUGUGUAUGAUGACCCUAAGAUUCCAUUAUUUAAUACAGACUUGGAUAAACUGGAAGGAAAACCACCUGCAGUUCUUGCAACAGAAGGCAAAUACAAGGCUCUGAAGAUGGACUUUUCCCUUCCGCCAUCAACUUACGCUACAAUGGCCAUUCGAGAAGUGCUAAAAAUGGACACAAGCAUAAAAAAUCAGACACAGUUAAAUACAACAUGGCUGCGUUGAAGAUCCUUUGCAAUGAUUAAAGGUUUUAACAUGAAAAUGGUUUACUAGUUCUCUCCAGGCAUUUUCUAAUUAAAAGUUGUAUUUUUGUAUUAGCUUAAAGUAUAUCAUUUCAAAUUCAUUGCAAAAUUGUGUUUAUAAAAAAAAUGUAAUUUUUGUUGUUAAAUAAUCUGAGCAACUGUGGCGCAUGAGCUGUUUGCACAGGGCAGUUGCACUGGCUUAUAAGAACAUGGGGGCUUGUUAGUACUUUCAUACUGGCAGAAGUAUUUUUAAAAUGUUUUCUCGGAUAUGGGAGUAAACAUGGUGUCAUGAAUUUGGUACAUAUUAAAGCUGAUUGCAAGUAUGCUUAAUUGUGCAGUUUAGGAAAACUAAUUAGAAUAGGGUACUAAUGAAUGCACAUUUAUAUCUAAUGAAGUUAGCCUUAAGAGUGUUGAUAGGAUCUGUACUAACAUCUGAUUCUGUUGGCAGAAUGUUCAUGUCUUUUAUGUGAUGUAAACAUGUACAGCUGCUUUUAUUUGAGCUGUUUAUUAAACUUUUGUGUUGGUUUUUUACAACGUAGUUCUACUUGAGUAUCGGAUUUGUAUCCUCAACAAAUGUGGUUAAGCCCAAAUAUUUAAUGUUUGUCUAUUGCUGGCAAUGGAUGAACUAGGAAAAUCUGUAUCCCGGCAUGACAGGGUUAAAUAGCCAUUGUGAAUUUGACAGCUGUGAUAUUGUUGUACUUUCAUUUUAUUUCUAAGAUGAAACAGAUCUGUUUUGCGCUGCUUUGUUUAUUAAAUGGUGUAC